CCUCGGAGCGAUCAUGUGAUAUCUGUGAGCGUGUGUGUUGUCGGUGGGAACGAAAUGAAUGUGGGAGCGAUCGUUGGAGCUCCGGCUUUCCUGCUGCUAUGGAUUUGUCUGGACUGUGUCUGUGCCCACGCACGAAGCUGCUCGUGGUUUUUCUGCGCGAAAUCUCGCCGUGUGAGCCGCUUCACGGGGGGUGUGGACCCCGGCUCACCUCUGUUCCUUACCCCUUACCUGGAGAGAGGGGAGAUCGAUCAAGCCAGAAAACUGAGUUUGGUAGGAGAUCUGCCUGGAACCAACGUUAAGAGCCAUGCUGGGUAUCUCACCGUCAACCAGAAAUACAACAGCAACCUCUUCUUUUGGUUCUUUCCUGCACUCAUGCCUGCUGGUGACCAGGCUCCGGUCUUGCUGUGGCUGCAGGGUGGACCUGGUGGCACCUCCAUGUUCGGCCUCUUUGUGGAACACGGGCCCUACGUGGUCUACAAAAACAUGACUGUGGGCAUGAGGGAUUAUGCCUGGACUAAAAGAUAUUCCAUUUUGUAUAUCGACAAUCCUGUCGGAACGGGAUUUAGCUUCACUGACGACGACAGAGGUUACGCUGAAAACCAGGAUGACGUGGGCAGAGAUCUGUACAGUGCUUUAGUCCAGUUCUUCCAGAUCUUUUCUGAGUAUCAGCCCAAUGAGUUUUAUGCAACUGGAGAGUCAUAUGCUGGCAAGUAUGUUCCAGCCAUUUCUUAUUACAUCCAUAAAAACAACCCCACUGCCAAAGUGAAAAUCAACCUGAAGGGUAUGGCCAUCGGCGAUGGGCUCUGUGAUCCAGAAGGGAUGCUGGGUGGUUAUGGAGACUUCCUGUACCAAACGGCUUUGAUAGAUGAGCUCCAAAGAGAGUACGUCAUGCAGCAGACAGACAUCAGCGUGCAGCUUAUCCAGCAGCAGAAGUGGGUUGAAGCUUUUAAGGUUUUUGACAGCUUGCUGAAUGGUGAUUUAACUGAAGAGCCAUCUUUCUUCCAAAAUGCAACAGGCUGCUCCAACUAUUUCAACUACUUGUCAUGUGAGGAGCCUGAAGACCAGGAGUACUUCUCCCAGUUUGUGACUCUGCCUCAAGUACGACACGCCAUCCACGUAGGGAACCAGACAUUCCACGAUGGCUCACAGGUGGAGAAACAUCUCAUGCAGGAUGUCAUGAAGACCAUCAAACCGUGGUUGGGGGUGCUGAUGGACAACUACAGGGUUUUAAUGUACAGUGGACAGCUGGAUGUAAUUGUUGCCGCCCCACUGACCGAGAGGUUCCUGCUCACUGUCAACUGGACCGGCGCUGCUGAUUACAAAACAGCUUCUCGUUUCUACUGGAAGCUUCAGCCCACCGACACUGAGGUUGCAGGUUAUGUCAGACAGGUGAACCAGUUUUACCAGGUCAUCAUCCGAGGAGGGGGGCACAUUCUGCCUUACGAUCAACCAGCCAGAUCCUUCGACAUGAUUGACAGAUUCCUUUCGACGUGCGGGUGGAUUUGACACAUUUUUAGCACGAAAACACAGAGCGUUAGUGAAAGUUAAUUUUAAAGGGUUCAUUCUCAAUCAUGAUCUUUAUCGUUCUCGAUGCUUUUUAAAGAUUUGUUUAGCGCAGCUCAUUUAAAAUGGUAUUUGUAAAUGUAAAGCAGAAAGUUUUAGCAGACAGUGAUUGGUUUAAAUAUUUUGUUUUUAGAGACAUUGAGUGUUUUGGGUUGUUUUUGAUUUGUGAGAACAUUUGUAUUGCAGUUAGCAUGUAUCUUCAGAUCACAUGACAAAGAAAAAACAGAAACUGGUGGUGACUAAUACAUUUUGCUGACAUCCAGGGCUUUAAACCAGAAAUUUUGUUCUUCAGUUGAUUCGUUUCCAGCAGAAUCACUAUUUUAAUGUUUGCAGUUUAAGUUUCCACCUUAAAAUUAUAGCAUGGUAAAGACGGGCCGGAGGUUUGAUAUUCGCCGGACCAUCUGGUCACUUUACCAUGCUUAAAUAAUUGUUCCUAAACUGAAUUAGAACAAACUCAUUUCUCACUCCCAAACUGUCACAUUUGACCCAAAAGGUUUGUUUAUACAGAACGUCAAUGUGCGAUGAGUUGUGUGACUUCUUUUGCAUAGCUCAGAGAAAUGCUAACCCUAAUCAUAUAACCACAACCCAAACAUACAUUAGAUGAAUGUUCCUUGAUGAUGUGGAAGUCAAGCAGAUAGCUCUAUUAUCAGAUGAGAAACGACGCUCCUGAAAAAUGAAACAUAACAAAACAAAAAAUGCAUUUCACCGUGCAUCAUGUAGUGACACAAGGGACACUGCAAGCAUCAAAUGUGACGAGUUGGAAGCGUGAAUGUGUAGUUGGAACCAAGAAAUGCCUAACAUUAUGUAUCUUUUGGAGAUUAUAAAAAUGUGCGUUGAUUUUGGCAGUAUUUAGCUCUAUAGUCCAUCACGAAAGGCACAUUUAACAAGCUAAGCUAUGCUGGGCACAUUGUUUAGCCUAACUGGAGUUAGCUAUCUAUUUCAAACGUUACUUCUCUUCAAACAAUAAUGAAAUUCAUGUCCAAGACCAACAUAGCACAAUAUUUAUGUCAGACUUUAUAAGAAUGUCAGCCGAUGUGGACUACACCAUGGACCAUACUGUAUCUAUCGCUAAUGCUGCAGUUAACAAGCUAGGCUAUGCUAGGCUCAUUGUUUAGCCUAAGUGGAGCUAGCUUCCUAUUUCCAAUGUUAGUUCUCUUUGCAUAUUAGGCUGUCCAUCAAACACUGAUGGCUUUGAUGUCUGUAAGCAACAUUUAAGUUUUUGCCUCCUCUGGUUGGCCAACAGCUGCAUUUUACUUUAAUCGCCAACCACUGGUAAAUUUCUCUCCGUCAUUCAAAGACAUGUACGAUGUUCAGAUGAAGACAGGAUGCAAAGUAAGCGCCAAGUUUUUGCAAACAGAAAAUAUUUUAAUUUGUAAUAACAUAAUGUUACUGACCAAAAGAUUUUAUACUGGAAGAUGGUUUUCAUUUUUGUUUCUUGCUUCCAACAUUUUCUUUUCUAAAUACAGUAACAAUACAGACAUUAUGCUUUUGAAACAGCUUUAAUGUGUACAACCUUUUGUUGUGUUGUUCUGACAUUUCCACCAGGGGUCACUGCAGGCUAAAGAAAUUAUAUUUCUUGCCAACAACCUCAAACACAGCUCACUCCAAAUAUCACAAAGUACUGGCAUUGUUCUGUGCAUUUUAAUUUGGUUUAAUUGCAUCUGUAAUAGUCUUAUGUAACGAUUUAAUAUGUGUAAUUAAAGUACAGAAGCCACUCUACACAUUGUAGCAGUUUAACGUUUGUUUGCCAGAAUGUUAAUGUCGUUGUUGUGGCUGAGGUUUAACUGCCACAAAGCUGCAGUGUUUUGGCAUUUUGACAAAGUUACACAAAGAUGUUUGUGUACUAUUGUUAACAGCCACGUUAUUUCAUUGGCUAACCAUCAAGCUGUCUAGACAGAUCAAUAUUUAAUGAGUAUUCUAAACCAUUACAGCGUAUCACCAUUUCACAAGCAGUUAUGUUUCAAGGACAAGCAAUGGGAAAUGGUGUGUGAUAUUUGAUUUAAACUGUGUUUGCUGACCAUAAUUCUGAAAUUUAUUCAUGAUUUGGCUCAUUUUUGUGCAACUUGGUAAUUAAGAAAUGUAAAUAUCUUUGGUGUCAUCAGAUUUCAGUCAGAAAUGGAGAAACGUGUCACAUCGUAGUUAUAUUUUUCAGAACAAGUGCUUUAUUUUCAUAUCGUAAUGUAACUGCAGCGAUACUUUAACAUCUGUACAAAUGCCAAACAAACAAGUAAACAAACAAAGAUACUGUCAUUAGACAAUGUACAAAGUUAUGCAGGCAACAAUGGAUUUGAUUCAUUACUUAUGAACAAUGCAUGAAGCGCUGAAAUGAGCCUUGAUGUACAACAAAAAGCAACAAGUGCGAUGCAAACAUUAUGUACAGACAUGUACCACACAUUUGCUCCCUUCAAAAAGAAAGGUGGUUGUACUACAUGUACAGGAUUACAGAAAUUAGUGACAUUAUGUACAAUAUUUAUAGUUUUAAAAUAAUACAAUUAUACUAUUGACAAGUAGGAAUUGUUCCCCCUUUUUUUUUGUUUUUGCACAAAUCCACACGGACACACUCCACUUAUGUCUUUUUUUUGUUUUCCCGUACAGAGACAAGUAUGUCUGUGAAAGCACAACGUGGAUCCAAUUUAAAAAAUGAAAGUUAAAAUAAAUCCAAUAAUUCCAGUUGACACUGAGGUCGUUGCUAUAUGUUCACAUGCAAGAGCGUAUUUUGAACUGAUCCAAUGAUCUAGGCAAGGUUUUUAAAAAAGCAAAAGAAAGGCAGGCUUGGAGUGAUUUUUCUUUCUUUUUUUUUUUCCUUAUUCUUUUUUUUUUGUCAGGUUGCUACAACAAAGCCCUUUUAAAGAGAAUUUUUCUCAUUAUUUUACAUAAUGCACAUACAGACGUAACAGAUUAGACACAAAGGGCCCUAUCUUGCACCCAGAGAAAACCAACGCACAGCCAAGCAUAAACGUUAUUGGUAAUUUCCAAUUUACAUAGUUCACUUCCAGGACCCACCAUUUAUAUAGCAACUGACUCUUAAAAAAAGGUCGCCAGGCGCAGGACUGGUGUAUUUCUAUUGGGAAGCACUAAAAAGUGAUUGCACUGUAGAUCAACAUAGUCAAGUCAGGUCUGGGAGCAUGUGCUGGUGCGGCUUUUUGUGGCAUACACCACACCAUAGAACUGCCUUGAGUCUUUGAUGGCAACCAACUAGGCAGACAAAUGGUCCAUCCCCACCUCUCAAAGGUAGCCAUCUAUCUGCCGCAGCCUUAGCCAUCUCCAGCCACUGUGGUCUUCAACACUGAGGCACAUGCAUGCUAGAUCAUACCCAGAGAAAUGCACCACAUGAUCAAAAUGUCAUAGCUGCCAUUUCCUCACAUUGCAAGUGAUGCUCCUCUCUUAAUCUCCUCUAAACAACUGUUUGUUUGACAGAAAGUCAUAACAGUAGUACCCUAGGAUCCUCUGCAGAGGACCGAGUAGCCAAAAACAUAUAGCCAUCACUUUAGGAC